AUGAGAGAAUUGAUAAGCUUAACUGUGUUUCACCUUCUUCUUUCGUCAUUUCUGCUCUGCUGCUUCGUACAGCUGCAGCAACCUGCCUAUGCCGUGAGAAAGUCGCACGUUGUAUACUUGGGAUCACAUUCUCAUGGUCCAAAACCUUCCUCUGCUGAUAUGGACUCUGCCACAAGUUCGCAUUACGAUUUGCUUGCCUCCGUCUUAGGAAGCCAUGAAAGGGCCAAAGAAGCCAUCUAUUACUCAUAUAACCGACACAUCAAUGGCUUCGCUGCGUUGCUUGACGAGGAUGAGGCAGCACAGAUCAGGAAAAAUCCAAAAGUAGUGUCGGUGUUCCUGGGCCAAUCUCAUAAGCUGCAUACGACCAGAUCAUGGGGUUUUCUGGGGCAAGAAAGAGACGGAAGAGUCAGAGCUGACUCAGCUUGGGUCAAAGGAAGAUUUGGCCAAAAUGUCAUUAUUGGCAGUCUUGAUACCGGUGUUUGGCCGGAAUCCAAAAGUUUCCGAGAUGAUGGGUAUGGUCCCGUCCCAAGAAAGUGGCGUGGAGGAUCAAAAUGCGAGCUUUAUAGUCUGUCCGGCCCACGUAACACAACUCUUUGCAACAGGAAGCUGAUAGGAGCAAAAACGUUCCAUAGCGCGUACGAGAUAAAACACGGGCGGCUUACAAGUGGAAUCAGCGCUCGUGAUGAGCAGGGGCAUGGGACCCACACUCUGUCGACAGCAGGUGGCAACUUCGUGCGAAACGUCAGCGUUCAGAACAACGGCAACGGAACAGCCAAGGGAGGAUCUCCCAGGGCUCGUCUCGCAGUGUACAAGGUUUGCUGGGGCCGUCAUAGUUCUGGAGAUUGCACUGAUGAAGAUCUGCUUUCUGCUUUCGAUCAAGCCAUCGACGACGGAGUUGAUGUUCUCUCCGUUUCCCUUGGUCGGAGCGCCGUGCCGAAUGUUAAUGACAUGUUGACCAACGGCAUCUCUAUAGGAUCCUUCCAUGCGAUCUCCAGGGGAAUCAUAGUUGUUGCCUCCGCCGGUAACGACGGACCAGAACCGGAGACAGUCACAAAUGUAGCGCCUUGGAUCUUUACUAUUGCUUCUGGCUCCAUAGACAGGGAAUUCAGCAAUAACAUUACUCUUGGUAAUGGCCAAAUCAUUAAGGGCACAAGUCUUGCCAUAAACUCCGUAUCUCAAAGGUUAAUCCCUGUGGUUCUUGCUGGCAAUGUCAGGCUUCCUAAUGCAACAUUUCAAGAUGCUCAGCUUUGUAGACCAGGAACGCUUGAUCCUCGCAAAGCAAGGGGUCGCAUAUUGCUGUGCCAAAGAGGGAGAAGCCUAAGGCCUGUGGAUAAGGGCGCAGAAGCAAAGCGUGUAGGCGCAUUGAAAAUGAUUUUGCAAAACGAUAAGCAAUUGAACACACGUACAGCUGAUGCUCAGGUCCUUGAUAGUUCCAAUAUUCCUCUAGACGGAGGUUCGCAUGAGGGUGAAACAGGUCAAUACACGUAUUUCGGCAAAAAGAAGCCACUUGCAGCAAUGAAUAAUGCAAAAACAUUCAUACCAAUAAGGCCAGCUCCAAGAGUUUCCGCAUUCUCAUCAAGGGGACCCAACGUGAUUCUUCCCUCGAUCCUUAAGCCCGAUGUAACAGCACCAGGUCAGGAUAUAAUUGCUGCUUAUUCACCUGCUGCAAGUCCCACCAACCUCGAUUCAGAUGAUCGUCACUUUAACUUCAAUGCUUUAUCCGGAACCUCAAUGGCAUGUCCUCAUGCUGCCGGCAUUGUUGGUCUUGUCAAAACUCGCCAUCCUAAUUGGAGUCCUGCCAUGAUCAAGUCGGCAAUUAUGACAACUGCAAGCAUACUGGAUAACACCAAUAGACUGAUUGAGGACGAACAAGAUGGUCGAGUAGCAACUCCGUUUCAUUACGGCACAGGCUAUGUCAAACCCAACAUUGCAAUAGACCCUGGACUUGUUUAUGAUCUCAAAACUUCUGAUUACCUCAACUUGUUAUGCUUUUCUGCGUAUGAGGACAGAAUAAUUGAAGCUAUCAACUACAAUAGGCCAUACAAAUGUCCGAGGUCUUACAGACUAGAAGACUUCAACUACCCUUCUAUCACAUUGCCUUUUCUAGGUGUGAAACCUGUUAAUGUUACUCGUAUAGUAACAAAUGUUGGGGCUCCGGGCACAUAUACUGUAAAUGUCAAACCUCCAAGAGGAUUUAAGGUUGUUGUUGUUCCGACAACUUUGACCUUUCAGAGGACAAACCAGAAGAAGAGCUAUAUGGUUAUUUUGCAGGCAACACGUUUAGCCCAAACUUCAAAGCCUUCAUUUGGAGAGUUGACAUGGACAGAUGGCAAGCAUAGAGUGAGAAGUCCUAUAGUAAUCCCUCAACAUGCAAAGAUGGCUGUGUAG